UAUCCCUUUAAAUAGAAAUUAACAAAAUGAGAGAAAAGGAGAAAAAGAUUUACACGUGCACACGUCCAAAUACUAGAACCUUGAAACUCUCAUUAUAAUCUGUCGGUGAGUUGAAGUACCGUAUUAUUUUGAAGAAGCAAAAAGAUAUACUUGUGGGUUUCUUAACUUAGACUUUAUCCAAUGAUACAGAGAAAUUCCUCACAGGACACUGCUUGCGUUCGCCCGUCAGAUUAGACCGAAACAGUUCUUUGAGAUUGGCGGGAUGCUGGGAUUCAAACACGUCAUAGUUACAACACACCGAACAUCGGAUACUAAACAAUAGGAAAAACGCUAACAUCAAAAUGCUCUCAAGUUGGAUAGCAUCUCAUACUUCAGGGUCUAUAGCAAAGCAGACACUAAAGUCGGAUGGGGAGUCUGUGGAGGAUGUUUCGAAAUCAGAGAAAACCAAGGAUGGUGCAAAGGGCAUUGCUCUCUUGAAUACGGAAACUGCUGGCACCUCUCAAGCUUUACCUGACGAAUCAUAUCAAGGAACUACGGAGGCCAAGAAGAACGAUUUUGACAAUCUUCUGGAAAAGGCGCAAUUUGGAUCAGACAGUGUAGAGCCAAUAGACCACGCUUUAGAUGGUAGUUCUGCAACUGGAAAGUUUGGGGCCCUUGGAGGGAAACUGUCAACCAAAUGUCAUGGUUUUGUACUCCACAUUCCACCUGAUGCUCUUGAGAAAGAUGAGGAAAUCAGCCUUCGGGUCCUGACCGAGAUUCCAAAUAGUCUCACACUUAAAAAAGACGAGCUUCUAGCCAGCCAUGGCUUCCAGUGCUACCCGUCCGGGCUACGCUUUAAGAAACCGGCAAUGUUGAUAAUACCUCACUGUGCAUUAGUUAGUGCUCAUAACAAUGUAAAGACCGUACUGUAUUUCUGGAAUCAGUCAGGUAACUAAAUCUUGUUUUUUGAGCCUUUCCGCAAGUACAAUAUUACUACAUCGCAUUUAUAACGCGCCGAAUACUUUGUUUCUAUGCGCAGUAUUAUUACCCCGGUCAUCGGAUGCAGGCUUACCCGCACACAUAAUAUAUGCACAUAUUCGACUCCCUGGGGAGCAUUCCGGCCAGUCG